GCUUCUUUACAGAGAAGAUGAAGAACUCUCUGCUUGCAGCUAUCUUUUUAUUUGCAACAGAUUCCUGCCACCGCGUGAACCGGGAUCUCCCACUCUGCCAGGAGCUCCCGGAUUGGGACAAUGAAUUGGUAUGCUACAAAGAAGUAAGUGAGGAUCUAACCUGUACCUGGCUGCCAGUACCCAGUGCUCCAAAUACCAUUAAUUAUACCGUAUUCUUAAAAUGGGACAGAAUACCAAAACUUUUUCAACGAAACACAUCAUUAUCCUCCAUCACGAUAGAAAGAAAGGAUCUCUACAUGAAGCGAUCUGCAUCUAUUUGGAUAGCAGUGAAUUAUGCUCAUGGCAGCUGUGUGAAAGGAAAUAACAUCUCAGUUAUACCGAGUGAAGCAGGAAAGUGCUUGACACCAUCUAACAUAAAUGCUUAUCAGAUGACAAAACAAUUGAUAAUAAAGUGGGACCUGCCUGCAACUCCUACACCAUAUGAGCUGAGGUACAGAGAGGCACUCACAGAAUCCACUCAGUGGAUGCUGGUGCCUGUAGAAAGCAAUGCUGUCAAUGUCACCAUUUUGAAUUUAAAUGCUAGGACUUCGUACAUUGUUCAGCUCAGAUGCAGAGCCAACGAUGGUCUCCAGUGUGUUUGUGUUUGGAGUAAAGAGGUUUUGGUCCCUCACAAACUCAUGAACAAGCCAAGAAUAUCAUAUAAUGCAACUACUGAAAUCUCUCCAGGCAGAAGAAGUGUUCUUCUCAGGUGGGAGGUAACACAAAGUGAGAACGUCCUUGGAUAUUAUGUUAAUGUGGAAAGAAUACCCAACAGUUGCAGGGAUUCACCAAAUCGUAUCUUUCUAAAGGAUAAAAAAGUUCUUCUAAACCUCUCCAUGGCUUAUUAUAGAGUUAAUAUUUCUGCCUAUAACAAAGCAGGAGAAUCUCCACAAGCCAUCUACAUUGUCCCAGACUUCUCUGCAACAGACUUGCCUGGCCAAAUCCACGUCAAACACCAGGGGGUUAAUGCAGUUGUCACCUGGACUCCAGAAUACAAUCCAAAAUGUUUUGUGGUUGACUGGGGCACUGGUAAAGAGGAUAUGCGCAUGAAAAUAAUAACUACAGCUACUGGAAAUUUCACGCUAGACAAUUUUCAGCCAUAUAAGUUGUACAAAAUAAUGCUACAUACAUCUGAUGUGUGUCAGUGUGAAAGUUUCACAAGACAUGAAAAGACUUUUGGAGUGACCCACUUUUACUCAGUUGAAGGAGUUCCUAGGACAGGUCCCACUAAUGUGACAAUUCUGAAUAUCACAAAGCAUUCUGCGCUUGUGAAGUGGACAAAAAUAGCUGCUGAAGACUGUUUGGGCUUUCUCCAGGGGUACAGGAUCAUCUACACAGAUUCAUCAAGGAAAAAGUCUCUGGCUGUUACUCUCAAUUCUUCUACCACAAGUUACCAUCUUACCGGAUUGAAGGAAAAAAACAUCUAUCAUGUGCAGAUUUCAGGAUUCACUAAUGCUGGUGAAGGACCUCCGACUCUGUCACAACCUUUCAGCACUCCAAAAUAUGAUAAAGGAGAAUUUGAAGGUUUCGUGACUGGUAUUUGCUUCAGUAUGAUGUUCAUUCUGGUUUUUGCACCUCUCACUUGCUCUCUAGUGCUUAAAAGAUUGAAAAUACCAUGCUGGCCCAGUGUACCAAGCCCAAGAAACAGCAGUGCACUGCAAGAUAUGACUAAUUGGAAGCCUGUUUCAAGGUCAUUGCUUCAGGCCCUGUCAGACAAUGAUACCAUCAGUCUUUAUGUCAUAGAGCAUGAUUCAAAGGCUACUUUGAAGCUAGAACUCUUUACAGAUGGUGAAGACAAGUGUGACACUUGCCAGUCAGAAAAACCUAGCAAAACCACAGACAUAAGCCUAAGGCAUGAAGAUAUCCCUGAAGAAGCAGUUACAAGUGAAGAAGAAGGAAUCAUUUCCAUUACAGUACCACUCUUGAGUGACUACACCAGCAUGGAGUUCAGCCAGAAAGCCCUGAUGAGCCUGACAGUGAAGCUGCCUGCAAGAGCUGCUCAUCCUCAUCUGGAAAUGGAGCUAAGCAGUAAGCCAGCACAAACUGAGCAUCAUGCUUUGUUUGCUCCUCCACAAGACUACCUCAAACAAAGCCAGGUAGUAUUUUUGCCAUCUGGACCAACUUUGAUAUGACAAGUGAAUUUGAACUGAAACAUCUCUAUAGUUUCCCAUACCAUAAGAUCAAGUUCUACAACCUCUGAUGCUUGAAGCCAUUGGGACCAUAGAGGACAGUGAGCCUGUGAUAAUAGUCUCUGCCUUCAGUAAGCUUCCUUGGUGAAAUAGAUUGAUUAUAUAAUAAGAUUAGCUUUUUCACCACAGUCAUUCUGUGGAAAGCCCUACUGUCUUCACACAGGCCAAACUUCCAGAGAACUGUAUGAAAAACCUUCCAGUAAAGUACCUCUUGCUAGGUGCUUAGAUCCAGGGCACUCAGGAAGCCAUUUCAAGGCUUCUGCUCUACGCACAAUGUUGUUCCAGUCAUCAGGAGGGUUCGCCAAUCAAUGUGAUGAGUUUAAGACCUGAUAAGCUCUUCAGUAAAAAUUCCAGCAAAAGUGUCUACUUAGUCUAUGACUGCAAAGAAGCUCUCCAGCUGGUCGAAGCUGGCCAAACAAGAGAGUGCAGAGCCUUGAAUUUAGGAAUAGAAAAUGAUGCUUAUCCAUCCAUGUAAAGCAUUAUUAAGUGCUUUACAUCUUAGGUCUUUACAACUUUAUUCAUCAUAGAUUAAUAUUGCAGUGUAAAUGGAGAUGAUAAUAAGUAUUAUUAGUAGUACUGGAGUUUUUACUUGCAUUAAAUUAUUUCUUCCCACAUUUAUCUGCACGUGGAAAUCCAUUCAUGUUCUGUUAUGAGAUGUAGUUGCAAAUAUUUCACACUGCAUGCAAUGAUGAUACCUGUUGAACAGUCUUCAAGAGCUGAAUAGUCCAGUUAGUAAUCCCUCCAGAGCUUGCAUAGAGGAGUCAGUGGAAAAUAGGGUAUAAAAGGGUCUUCCUUAAAAUACUCUCUAUGUGACCCCAUCAUGUAUCUCCAUGGUGUAAGGAGUCUGAACUGGCUUUCCAACCUACAACAGCUUUUCACCCAUGAAUUCUGUACGCAUUAAUGGUUUGCAGUUAUUGUAGAAGACCCAUUUUAUUGUUGUCUCUAGUUUAUGGAGCAUUUUACUAAAAUUAUUUUGAGGAGAAAGAAAUUGAUCAACUGUACUGUAAGCACUGGAGGCUCCUUAGGUGGACAUCGUUUAAAACUCUCUCAUUAAAAGUGAAGGACAAUUCACAUCCACACAAGUAUUUCCACACAUAUUAGGCAGUAUGAGUUACAGAAGAGACAUGCUUACAAAAAAGCUCAAAGAAAUUUCAUUGACUGAUUUAGUGAAGCCCAAUAACAAAACCUGUUUUAUUCAAUAUCCUUAUUUAUAUUCACUCUCUCUUUAUUUAUAUCUCUCUAGGUCUGUUAGGACUGGCAGGAACCAAACUGUAUUUCACUGUGGGUUUUGCAUUGUUCUUGGCAUUUAAAAUGCAUUGAUUUUCCACAAAGCAAUGUACUCAUUACCACUCACCCUUGUUACUUCUGCUCAUUAGAAGAAGGGGUAA